AUGAUUCCUUUUGCACUUUCUCACCCCCACAGCCACCAAUACUUACUAAAAUCAGUGAUUACCUUUACAAUAUCCUCUAUACACGGUCAAGGUAAGAAGAUAGAGACAACAACCAAAAAGUCAGCAAACUUCCCUCGUCUCACAAACAGUUCUCAUGAGGAGGACAAGCCUGUGUUCGUCUUCGAAGGUGUCAACUAUGAUGAGCUGCCUCCACACUUGAAAGAAAUUCACAAAGACUGCUAUGCUGAUUACAUACGUUGCUCAAGAUCUAUGACCCAACACCAUCAAGUUUGCUCGUACAGCCUUGACUAUUACUACAUUGAAGCAUAUCAUAGCAUUUGUGAGAUGAUGUAUACUAACUGUCAGCGGGAGAAUAAAGAACACACGAUAUUUUAUUACAUAGCUGAUGGGUAUACGUGUCAACAUUGGACCCGGCGUAUGAAGCGACCCAAAAAUAUUUUUUCAAAACUUGCCUCAAAAGUCAAACAAGUUGCGACGAAGACUAAAACGUUCACAAAGAACCUUUUUAAAAAGAUUGGGAAAGUAUUUAAAGGAAAAUAA